AUGGCCAGCAUCGCAACCCUCAAACGCAUCUCCGCCAAGGACCUCGCAGAUCGAAUCCUCGCCGAGCAGGGCCGCCCAGAGCAAACCUACGCCAUUGUCGACGUGCGUGACGAUGAUCAUCUUGGCGGCCACAUCAAAGGAGGCAUCCACGCCGCCAGCGCGCAGCUGGAGGCGAUGAUGCCGACACUACUCCGACGCCUAGGGGGAAAGAAGACAGUCGUCUUCCACUGCAUGCUGAGCCAGCAGCGGGGACCCAGCGCGGCGCUGCGGUACCUUCGAGAGCGGCAGCUGCAGCAGGCGCAGGAGGGCAAGUCCGAAGGGGAGGAUGGGCAGGAGGUGCUGGUCUUGGAGAACGGGUUUGAGGGCUGGCGGCAGCAGUACGGGUCGGACGAGCGACUCACGGAGGGAUACCGCAAAGAGCUGUGGGAGAAUUACUAG